CGUAUAUAUGAAUAUACCUGUUACGUUUUGGUAUGACGGGGGAAAAUCCAAGAAAAUUUUGCAACACAAUAAUGUUGGCUCUUUUACUCGCCUUUGUUAGUAAAGCCCCACUUACACGACAAUCAAUUUGCCCUCCUUCUUGUUCGAUUCAAGAUAGUCGCGUGAAAUACUCGUGCAUCUUCUUUUGUUCCAUUUUUUUUUUCGAAUUUUUCUUAUUAGUGUGGCGUCAAUUCACUAAUUACGAUUAUACAAGAUUAAUUGUAUAUUUCUUUUGCUGUGAAUAGUCUUUUAUAUGAUUCUUUGACUUUAUGAUAUUAGUGGCAAUCAGGGAGUUGUAUUUUUUUUUUUUGAAUUCCCUAGCACUUUGUUUCAUUUGUUCCUGCGAUAUUUUGCGUUCCAUAUGCAACAGCAUCCCCUAGUAAUCGGUGGUGGAGUAAUGAGCGAGUAUGAGUGAGUGAACCGUAGUGAGUGAAGUGGACCGGACCGCCGUGAGAAUUGUUCGAUUCAUUGUUGCUUGGACGUGGCAGCCAUGACGUGAUUUUUAACUUUGACUUGGGAAAUUGAUUGUGAAAAUAUUUAGAUAUUCCUUUAAAAAUUGCGUUUUAAUUCGCGUAAAUAACUUGAUAAGGACCUGUAAUUCACGGCGAAACGUAAUCAAAGACACCCAAGUAAUUAAGCAGAAAACCGGAAUUGUUUCAAAGUAAAAAACGUCAAGAGUACCAAAUUCACAAUUAACAUCAAAAUAUCAUCAUCACAACAACUAAGCCAAACGUCAACAACAACAAACGCAACAAUUGACAAAUCCCGGAACGUCUUGAAAGUGCAUACAUGCAGAAACUGAACAGAAUAAGUGAAGUGCCAGAACAGACAGUGACACAGAGAGAGAGAGAGGGACAGAGAGAAAAAAGAGAGAGAGAGAGCAAUAAAGCAGAAUUGAGUAGUUAAUAAGAAGAAUACUACUACCUGCAUUCAGCUGGCCAACAAAAGAAAAAACCAAAAAUAAAAACAACCACACACAAUUUACGUCAACACGAGACAUCGAGCGCAAUAUUGUAUACCUGCCACUACAGCCAAGAUUUGACUCAGCGGCCGUAACGUAUCUACGCAUCACACCUUGCCAAAUUCGAUUACGUUUUGUUUAUCCCGAUCUGUCGGUCAAUUGUCAUAGCACUUUGUACUGCAAAACAAAAAGAAAAGAAAACAGUGCCGUCGUCGACGUGUCACCAAAGGGUACAGAAAAAACUGUUCCUCAUCGUCGAGCAGUCACUUGUCAAACUUGGUUAACACAACAGCAACAACAACAACAACAACAGAGAGGAAAUACCUGCAGCAGCUAAAGGAGAUUCGUUGGUGGUAGUAUCUUUUUGGCAAUUGUCAAAGGCUAAUCUCUAUUAAAUAUACGUAAACAAUACCGUAAUAUCGUAAUAAUAAGCAGCAACAACAACGAAACAGUAGUACUGAUCGAAAAGUACUCGCUAAAGACACACAAAAUAAAUUCCAGCGAGUAUAUGCAACUAAACUAAAACAACAAACAUCAACAACAACAACAAAAAAAAGGAAAAACCGAAUCGGUCGAAUUAAUUUUGAAAAUAGUCAUAUUUGUAUAAAGAAAACGCCGUGUACAGUGUGUGUGUGUGUGUAUCUGGAUGUGUUUAACACACCCAGUGCCACCCCUCAGACCCACAUAUUAUUCCCAUUUCGGUCCGUCGCUACGCUCCUUAAUACGUACUUUACUCGUCGUCGUCACUUUCAGCGAACGAUCGCGUUUAUUAGCACAGCUGGUAUACUAAAGUAGCAAGGUAAUGAGCAAAUUUUAAGAGCAAAACAAUUACUAUAGAGAAUGCAAGAUAGAGAGAGAGAGAGUGAGAGAGGUAGAUAGUGGGAUAAAGAUUUAAAAAUAUAUUAAAUGCUAAUUUUUAUGAGAGAGCGCGUGUACAACAUUCGUUUGUUAAAUAACAAUAUACAAGAAACAAACUGGUUUUGGUUACAAGACAAAAAAAAAAAAAGGAAAGCAAAAAUUUGCUUAACAACAACGAAUGGACAGUGUGUAGCCAGCCUAUAUAGAUAAUUCUGCAUUUCUUUCCAAAGGCAAGUCACUAAUUUAUGUUUUGGAAAACAAAGUUCAAUACGUUCAGUCGUUUUUUCCACAUUUGGUUUCAUGUUUUUGAGUAUGAUGCGGUUUAAAUAAUAAAACUAAAAAAAAUCAUAAUAUGCAAUUAAUGCUUCUAAAUGCGGAGAGAAAAAGAGAGCUGUAUAAUUCAUUGAGAGAGUAAAAGGUCGGAGACUGAUCCAGAGCGUUAAAUGAGAGUUAGCUCUCUAGAGCAAAUUUGCAAACUUGUUUCAUUCGACUUUGUGCUGAUAUGUCAAUAUAUGUAUGUACAUAUUAUAAAUGUAUGAGGAAAAAUAAAACAACAACAAUAACAAAUACAUAGUUGAAGUAUCUCGCUCGCGUAAGCAGUUGUUCAGUUGUUGGCCAGCAACAACAAGUGAUACACAAAGCACGUACUAAACUGAAAUUAAAGUAGCAGCAGAAACAGCACGAGCACAAUAACAACGACAAAAACAAGAAAGCAAGCAAAGCAAAGCACAAGCAUAAGCACAACCUAACCAAACAACAAGGCAAUCGGCCAGGCAGCCAUUCAAGCAGGCAAUCGCUCGAAAACAACUCGUUUCGAUUUUGUUUCACAGAUACCUUUCAGACGUUGAUAAAGAUACCUUUAAUUUAAAAUGAACUUAAAUUAACAUAUACUAUAUAUACAUACUUACAUAUAUAUAGAUAUGUAGAUGAUUGCGUUGCGCGCAGCACAUAAUCAAAUGGAGAGUGUGUGAUUAAAGUGUGUGAUCGAUCUGUAAAGUUAUUAAGUUUUGGAUUUUUUCUUUCUUUCAUUUUUUUUUUUUUGUGUGUGGAAUUCGAUGAAAACUCAUACACACCACACAGCGAAUUGUAGAAAUCAUGCCAUAAUAAGUGUACUAUAAGUACCUAUAGAAAAGUAUAGCUGCGAAAUGUCGAUUUAAAUGUGUUAAAAUUGAUAAAAAAAAAUUCUAGGAAAUUUAAAGAAAAUCAAUAUACAAAUAUGUAGUUUGUAUGUACAUAUAUGCAUAAAGCAAGUAAUUGAAGCAUAUUAGCAACUAGCAACUAGCACCUAGCACAGAAGAUUAAUAUGUAAAUCUGUGAAACGAUUUUGAAAUAUUGCAAAAGAAAAAGCAAAAGAGGCAAAAAUACCAUAUAUUGUAUAAAAACCACACAAAAUCCCCAGAGUAGCAGCAGUAGCAGCACCUAUAAACAACAACAACAAGAACAACAACAACAGUGCUACAUUGAAGAAACGAGCAAAAAUUCCGCUUAUGCAUGUAUAUAUUAAAAUGAAACGUUGACAAAAACAAGAGGAGGAAAAUAAAUAUAAGAAGCAAAAGGCGAAAAACGCAACGCUAUUGUUUUUGUUGUAUUUGUUUUCUUUCAUUUUGACAUUCUACAAGUGUGUGCAUAUAUAUACAUAUAUUGAAAUGAACUGUAUAAUAUAAUAUAAUAUUAUAAAAACCAUAUACAGAUGAUUUUUUUUUAAGCAAUAACAACAACAGCUGAAAUUCAAAGACAACUUCGCGGCAACAUACACAUAUGUAUGCAUGUAUAUAUGCACGUAAACACGUACAUAUACCUGUCUAUAAAACAAAGCGAAUAUACUACACACUACAUGUGAAGGAACUCAUGUUGUUUCACUUCAACAUAUAUUGAAUAUAUGGAAAGUGACAAAUGGCGAUACGUAAAACGACGUAUCUUGCAGAUACCACAACUGUUUGUAAUACAUGCUUUCAUCAACGCAACGGUAGUAGUUGUAUUUUAGUAUCAGUGUAAUAGCGGCAGCGCAGCAGCAGUAAUAGCAACAAUAACAGCAGCAAAACUCAUCGCCAUAACUAAAAUUAUAAUAGUAGUGACGUUAAAUACCAACAAAAAUCAUAAUAAACACGAAAUCUACAAAUACGCAAAAAUUCACAAGAACUACAACAAUAAUAAUAACCUGCAAAUACCAUUACACAGAAAAAGAAAACGUGAAAGGAAAUAAAAAAAAAAUUUGUGAUCACACUAGUGACAGAAAUCCAUGGUCUACCUUAACCUAAUUUAAUAAUUUAAUGGUUAUUAUUUAACAAGAAAAUAGCUCUGUUAUUAUUAUUUUGCAGCUUACUGAAAUUCAAACGGUUCGCAGUGUAAUUGCAUACAAAAGAAACAAAAAAUCCAAAAUCCAAGAAAAAAAAAAUAAAAUAAAAAAGAAAAGAGAAUAUUAAAGAGUUAUCACGUCGAAACGGCCAGUGGAGCCAACAAGGGCAUAUAACUAAUACACAAAUAGGCCACAUAUAAGACAAUACGUGAAAAAGUGACUGCAAAAAAAAAAAAAAAAAAACCAGAGCGCACCGCACCCCCUAAUAUAAGCGACUGUAAACAGAGAUCAGCAGGCGCAUAGCCAGUUGUAGCCAUAGCCAUAGCAGUAGCACCCGUUCAUGCUUCUGUGUCUGUAAAUAUAUCGUUUUUUUUACUGCAUACCAUAGCAUAACAUACAUACAUACAUAUGCACGCAUACAUCAACCGAGCGUGUGAGUGAUCUACAGUCGAAUUAUAAGGAAGAAGAAAGAAAGAUGUCGAUUUUUUCGUCGCAUUAUUGCUAAUAUCUAGAUUCAAUCGAAAAACAUUUAAAAAUGUUAUACCACACGUUCAAGGAAUAAAUAAAAUAUUGGACUAAAUCAAAAAAAGAAAACAAAACUAUAAAUCAAAAGCAUAAAAUUGCAUGUUGUAGACAGAUUUUCAAUAGUUUUUCGCCAUUAUAAUCGAUUAUAACCAAAUGAAAAUUACGCGUAAUCAUAAAUGUGGUCGGUGCUGAAAUAAACGCAUAAAAUUAUCGUUUAUGAAAUAUUAUUAUUUUAGAGUGAAAUUUUACAAAGAAUACGGCUACACGAAUAAGUUGACAAACAUAAAUAAUACAUAUAUUUAAAUUCGUACAGUCUCUCAACUCUACUCAUUGCAUUCUCUUCUUUUAAUAACAAAUAAAAUAUUUUCAAGUAAAGAAUUUGUAUGAUACCAUUUUCUCAUAAAAUAGCACUACAAAAACGGAUGCACGCCUCAGAUACGAAACACUCCUAAAAGAGUGUAUUGCAUUUUAUUACCUUGGCACUCGUAUAAUAAAUGUUCCAUGAAGAAAACUACUCAACCACAAAUAAAUUGAACGCAGCAUAAGAAAAAACAAAAACGAAUAAAAAACAGUAAUCAAAAUUUAUACAAGUAAAGGAAAAUCGCUAUACUACUACUACACGUCGUCCUAAGCGUUUAUAUUGUUAAAAAAAAGAAAAAAAAUUACAGCGGCCAACAACAACUCUUCCACGGUUGAUGCUUCCUACGAAAAGAAAGUAAAAGAAAAAAGAGCUCGAGCAAACUCAGAACUUCCACAGUAAUCUUCAAACUCCAUCGUACAAGCAGAACAUAACCUAGAACUACAGGUUGGUGUCAGUUGUUUGUGAAGAAUAGCAACUUGAACGCGCUAAAAGCAUAGAAAAAGUAAUACUCUAAUCAAAGAAGAUUAAAGUAUAAACAGUUUUACAUAAAAAUAUUUGAAAUUCCGAAUUCGUUUACGUGUGCUACCCGUUUGUUGUUUAAAGAGAUAUUUUUUUUUAACCACAACCAGCAGCAGCACUACUCAUUCGCAACACGCAAUUUGAUUGUAUUGCGUUAUGACAAAUUCGAUCGCUACUGCAAAAUGCCCCUCAGCACUUACGUCCGGCAACUAUGGCAUGUCACAAAACCGCUACACCGACGAAUCCAAGGACUAUUUCUUUGUUAAACUAACUGAUUCUGCUUAUCGCGCUAUCGAAGAAUAUCAACGCAACGAGAAUUCCAAACGUUUCACAAAUGGUCAAUGUCCCAAAAUUCAAGUGAAUGGCAAUUCCGGUGUCAUCUAUUUUCCAACAUUGGACAGCAAUGAAGGUCGUAAAUUUGGUUUUACAAUCGAUGAUGUUGAGGGUUCCCUCGAGUGUAUACAACAGACUGCUGAAGGUCUCGACGUACUCGGCUCGAUACCCUAUCGUAUGCGUAUACAUGCCAAUGAUGAUAUUUAUGACACGACCCGUACUAAAAUGGCAAUUGCCGAAGAGACGGAGAAGAGCAAGUGUAUACGUGAAAUUAAACCAAAUCAAACCGAUAUUGGUCGCAAGGUGAAGAAAUCUGUACCCUCGUCAACAGUCUAUUCGCAUUUGGGGCAUAGUGGCACUAGCAACGGCAACAACAAUAACAAUAGCAGUAGUAAUUAUUUAAGUAGCCUUAGUCGUAAUAAAUUAGCAACGUCGCUGAAUAACAAUUCGCCACCAGCCACACAACAUACGUUAAGUAGCGGCGGUAGUGCGUCCGGAGAGCGCAUGCAAAAUAAACUUGGUGGCACAACGUCGUUAUCAUCUUCCUCAUCAUCGUCACGUUCGCCUAAUCCCACAUUACUGGGUGGUUCCGGGACAAUUGCCAGUGGUGGUGGUGGCAAUAAUAGUGGCAUCGGCAACAAUCGUUAUGGCAGCAAUAUAUAUUCUCAGAGCAACGUAUCACCAUCACUACCAUCACUCACGUCCGCCUCAUCGCUCUCUUCCACACUGGCGGGUGGUAUUGCCAAUGGUUAUGCGUCCGCCGCUCAACAUAAUCCAUCAUCAGAAUCCGCUACGUCUACAUUAGCUAAUAGCAACGCUAACAGCAAACAAUCACGGCUGAGUGGAAAUACUGCUGGCGGUAAUGGUAACUUCUCACGUGGUGGCGGCAGCGGUGGCGGCUCGUUUUCUGGUAAUGGUACAAAGGCGGCGGGCAACGGCGGCAAAGCUGGCGGUGCCUCAAAUGCUGGUGGUGGUGGUGGUAAGUUACCUGAUAUAUCGCGUCGUAAAAUACGUGAACGCCUAAUUCAUUUGCUUGCCUUGAGACCCUUCAAGAAGCCCGAACUUUAUGCUCGCCUACAAAACGAAGGUCUGCGCGAUCGUGAGCGAUCACUUAUAAGCAACAUACUCAAGGACAUUGCGUUAUCACGCGACAACACAUACAAUCUGCGCCGUCAGAUGUGGAAUGAUGUGAAUGAAAAUUGGCCAUAUUACACAGAGCAAGAACUGCAGCAACUGAAACGGCGGAAACCACAGAAUUUGACACCACCACUCAGCUCGGAUGCAGGCAGCUCAACAUCCGGCCAAAGUCCAACGUCAACACAUACUGGCAGUCCACCACCACUUGCGGGUGGUAGUGGCUUGAACGGCGGUAAUAGUUUGAAACGCACUAGUCUGGAGUAUGAUGAGCCAUUUCCGCCGAAGAAGCAACGUAUUAGUCAUAUGGCAGCAUCAAGCGCAGCUGUAAAUCGUAUUAAUCCAGGAAUCGCCACAAAUAAUGGUGUUGGCGGCAGUGCGGGUUCGCGUGUCGGUACCAAUUAUGCCACUAAAGGCGGCAGUGGUGGUAACACCAAUUUCCCAAUGCAACGCAAUAAACAUACAACGGGGACGUAUUCGCCACAAGGUUCUCGCACUGCUCAAAGCAAUGAGAACUCUGGCAGUAACGAUCUAAGUUACAAUGUGCUCAAUAUGGAUGAUUUUAUGUUGAAUAUAGAUCAUCAGCAGCAAGGGAGUAGUUAUGUACCGCAUAGUAGCGGGAGUAGCGGCACACGCAAGUCAAAUAACGGUAACAACGGAAAAUCAGCUACUGGCAAUCCGAAGGAGAAUCGCUAUUCUGGCAGCAACAAUAGUUCUUCUAAUGCAACGACGAAUGCUUUGUCCAAAAAUAUUAACACCGGCAGUAGUGUGCAAGAGAACGAAAGCAGCAGUAGUAAUAUGAAGCAUGCAUUAAAACGUGGUGCUUUGGCCGGGUCGCCAAAGGGUUCAUUGCCAUACGGUGUUAACUUUGUACCAGAGUCUAAUAGUAGCAAUGCUACUAGUGGUAGUAGUAGAUCUACUGUGCGUGACAGCAGUGGUAGUCGCAAUAGCAGUGGAAAUUAUCGUCAAUCGCCCAGCUAUAUGCAACAGCAGCAGCAACUACAACAACAACAUCAGCAGCAGCAGCAACAAAAGUCAAAUAAUAGUGUCAUAUACUCGCCCAAAAUGCACCCAGCACCAACGAAUAGCGGCAACAUUGAACAUGAGGAGCAUGUGCCGACAGGGAGGAGAGGAGGCGGCAAUAAUAAAAGUCAAACUGCAUCGCGUUCAAUGGCGCCGUCGGCAGCUGGUAGCAAUAAGCAACAGCAGCAGCUGCGAGGUGUUGAUGUACGCACGCCCACACCACCAGUACAAGAUCAACAACAUCAGCAGCAGCAGCAGCAGCAACAACAGCAACAUAAUCAAAGGCACUUACAACAGGGAGGACAUUACCAAACGCAACAAACGCAUUCCGCCAACAUACACUCACCAGUGCAACGGCUUAACACCAACAACAACAACAACCAAUCAAAUUAUCCUUUACAUCAACAUCAGCAACAUCAACCACAACAACAACAACACCAGAUACACUAUCAGCAACAACAACAGCAACCACAACGACAAAGCGCAUCACAAUUGCCGGCAGCAACAGCAAAUCAUUCCGCCAUCACCGAUGAAGUGGAAGCAGAAGACAUUGAAAGGCCCAGCUAUGAUUUUUGUGAUUACACGGCGAUAACAACCAUCGAACAGCGACGCCAAUACAAGACUGAAUUUGAACGGGAUUACGAUGAGUAUCGCCAGCUGUUGGAACGCAUCGAAGAUGUUCGUCGUAAUUUCCAAGCACUAGCCGAUCAGUUGCAACGUGUACCGCAAGGUUGUAUGGACUAUGAGCAUAUUAAGGAGCAAAUUGUGGCAGAAUAUGAGCGCAUUAAUAAUGAGGAAGAGUGUAAGCGGGACAAGGAGCGUUUCGACUAUUUGCAUGCAAAAUUGGCGCAUAUCAAACAGCUCGUGACCGACUAUGAUAAAGCGCUUACAUCAAUGGCGGCUGCGGCUGCUGCUGCAGCGGCACAGCAGCAGCAACAGCAACAACUUCAGCAUCAAAAACAACAACAAGAGCAGAAAUUACAACAACAGCAACAAGAGUACGCGUCCACAACGGCCGCUAUGCAUUUGGCAGCCGAUGCAACAUCGCAUUACGUUGAUAGUAGCAACAAUGUGUUGAUGGCUGCAGCAACUGCGCAUACGGCGCGCGUUUCACCAAUGGUGAGCGGUAGCGAAAGUAAUCACUCGCCACCAAGUGGCUAUCAAAAUCAAACACAAUAUUAUGUGCAGCAGCAGCAACAACAACAGCAUCAACAAAAUUUGCUGUUGGAACAACAACAGAAACAACAAGAAGAGCAACAUCAAAACAAUGCUGUUAAGGAAAGAAAGAAGAAGCAUACGCAUGCGGCGACUACCUUACAACAGCAACACAAUCAACAACAACAGCAAUACUACAUGUCACCACACAAUCAAGCACAUGCAUCAUCGCCAUAUGAUGAACAACAGCAUAACAUGCAGCAGCUGUACCAUCAGCAACAGCAACAGGACCAAUUCAAUGGCCACCAGCAGCAACAUCAUUAUCAGGGUAAUAACAGCAACAACAACAACAAUAAUAAUAAUGAUUCCGACUCGGACGAUUCGUCCGACUCAAAUGAUGAGGAUUCUAACGACGACGACGAUUCGAACGAAGACGACGAUGAUGACGGUUCGGAUCGUAAUUCGAACAAUGAUGGCGAUGAUGAUGAUGAACACUUCUGAUUUUACACUUAUAAUUUCAAGGGAUAAAACUUAUUUAUUAGUAUAAAUAUGAAGUGCACACGGAAUAUUGUAGGAGAAAAAAAGAAAAUAACAAUGUAAAUGAAUGAAUUUCAAAAUGCUGCGUAUUUAUGCCAUUUCUCUUUGUCAAUUGUUUUGCAACGUUUUAUAUAUGAAUUUAAGUUGUUGUUGAAAGGCUAAUUUAAUUGCAUUAUUGUUUGCCAAGUCGUUAGCAGCAAAAUCACACAAAGUGCAUAUAUUGAUAAUAUUGAUAAAAAACUUACUAUAUAUAGUGAAUAUAUAUUGCUUUUGUAAAUAUAUAUACAUAUUUUUUUGGUUGUCCGAAUGGCGGUAUAUACUACGUACAUAUGUAUAUUACUAACUUUUAAACACGCGCUAAUUGCAAAAUUUUCACUGAUUUAGGAAUUUUGUAUAAAUGAAUAGAGGAAACAGGAUGUGAAAGAGAAAGUGAAUUGGUAUUUGUGUAGAGUGGAUUAUCCUCAAAAAAAAAAAGAAGCAAAAAAAAAGAUAAACAAAAAAAAA